CACGUGGGUAUGUAGAUGACUUUACACCACCGAUCUUUACGCCCCCGCCUGCCCACACACUUCUUUGGGUAAAUCCAGUAUCUUAUUAGCCCAACUCAAGGAGUUGGAAAAAUGCUUUUAAGCGAGCUUUUUUGGGUCUAAAAACUGAUUGAUUCCUACCCUAGACUCCAGACCCAGAAGCAUCCACGCACCAUUUUCACCCCCCAGCCCCCGAGGACUUGGGCAUCCGAGCCCCCAGGUCUCACCCCCAGCCCCUCCCUCAGAGAUCCCAGGUGACCCGCCACCCUCCCCCCACUCCCGACCCGCCGCUCCUACCCCCCAGCCCUGCUGGUGCCCCCCAAUCCCGACCUGCCGCCCCUGCCCCCCAGCCCUGCUGGUGCCCCCCAAUCCCGACCUGCCACCCCUGCCCCCCAGCCUUGCUGGUGCCCCCCACUCCUGACUCGCUGCCCCUACCCCCAGCCGUGCCGGUGUCCCCCACUCCCAAUCCACCCCCCGCUCUCCCUUCUCCCCUCCCCACAUUGUUCCACCCAUUUCUCCUCCCAUCACAAGCUCUGCCGUCAUUACCAUGGGAUUGCCUAUGCGUGUCAUUCAUUUACAUGCCUCUCUGCUAAGAGCGCAUGCGUAAGGCCAGGAACUCGGCUUUUCUCAGGCACUUGCUGAUUCUUCCUGGUUUCUUGCUGACGUUAGCAGCCUCUCCAAGGUUUUCCUUCUAAUUUAUCUCCUGACAAUAGCUGGUGCGCUGCAUCCUGUUCUUCUUAUGCAACGGCCUCUGUAUUUUACAACACUGCGACCUUGUUAGAAAACUGCUUGCCUAAGCAUUUGCAAGGCUAUUUUUAAUGCAUCAUUCUGCAGGCAGGAGGGGCUGAGGGUGCAGAAGUCCCUUGUGUCGUCCAGACCGGAGCCGGUCCAGCACCGAGAGCUGUGGGGGCAGGACACCAUGCAGGCCAUGCAGCCCCCUUGCGAGGCCCAGCUGCCCUCCGCGACCCCACAACUGGCACCGCGGGAUGAGCUCCCCACCCCAAAGCCCUGGCACCAGCUCUUCCAUGGCCUGCGCUACCGGGAAGCCGAGGGCCCAGGGAAGAUUUGCAGCCGCCUGCGGGAGCUGUGCCGGCGCUGGCUGGAGCCCCAGUGCCGCAGCAAGGAGCAGAUGCUGGAGCUGGUGGUGCUGGAGCAGUUCCUGGCCAUCCUGCCCCCGGAGAUGCGGAGCUGGGUGUGCGGGUGCCGCGUGGAGACCUGCACCCAGGCCGUGGCCCUGGCCGAGGGGUUUCAGCUGGGGCAGGCAGAGGAUGAGAAGCUCCAGGAGAGAGCCUUUGUUUGAUGCCAUCUGCACCUCCAUGUGUCGGGGGAUGUUUCCCCACAGAUCCCAGCUCCCCAGUGACACACGUAUCUCGUCCCCAGG